ACAAAGAAGAGGAAAAUAGAAGUAUCAACGGAAAGUACGAGUGCCCGCGCGCUUGUUUGGGCUACGUGUGAGGAAGAGAGUGAGUUGUGAAAGUUCUGGAGGGGGUUAGAAAACAUGUCGUUACCGAAAGAGCUGGAGCAGGUGAUGAAGGCUAGAGGAGGAUCAGUUCUGGGGAAGAAGACAAUUUUGAAAAGCGACCAUUUUCCUGGUUGCCAGAACAAACGUUUGUCUCCUCAGAUCGAAGGUGCUCCCAAUUAUCGCCAGGCUGACUCCUUACAUGUUCACGGCGUUGCUAUCCCAACAAUUGAUGGAAUACAAAAUGUUCUCAAGCAUAUUGGUGCCCAAAUUGGAGGGAGGAGAGCACAAGUUCUUUGGAUUAACCUUCGCGAGGAACCAGUUGUGUACAUUAAUGGACGGCCCUUUGUUCUACGUGAUGUGGGAGAAACCAUUCUCCAACCUUGA